AUGUCAAUUCUCAAGAUGCACGCCCGAGAGAUCUUUGACUCUCGUGGGAACCCCACUGUGGAAGUUGACCUCUACACCUCCAAAGGUCUCUUCCGAGCUGCUGUGCCCAAUGGGGCCUCUACUGGCAUCUACGAGGCCCUAGAGCUGCGUGACAAUGACAAGACCCGCUACCUGGGCAAGGCACGGGCCCACAGCCUUCAUCGCAGCCCCUUUGACUUCCUGAUGUGGACUCACAUUGAGCUCCAGGACUUCACCUGGAUCCUUGGGACCCCCAGUGCACAGAUGGCCCUUUUGCAGCCCUCCACACCUGCCUCUGUGGGCCGCCAUUGUGAACCAGUCUUCCUUGAUAAAUUGAAAUGCCUUGAGGAAGGUGAAGAUCCCGAAGUCAUCCCAGAGGAUACGGAACUGGUGACUUUGAGGGCUAGAAAAAGGUUCUUGGAACAUCGAGAAGAAACCAUAACAAUAGAUCGUGCCUGCAGGCAAGAAACGUUUGCUUAUGAGAUGGAGUCACAUGCAAUGGGGAAAAAGCCUGAAAAUCCAGGAGACAUGGUUGAGGAGGGCGAGCUUAUCCUAUCUGUGAAUAUCUUGUACCCCAUUAUAUUUCAUAAGCAUAAAGAACAUAAACCGUACCAGACAAUGCUGGUUUUGGGGAGGCAGAAGCUCACAGAACUGAGGGAUGCCAUUUGCUGCGUCAGCGACCUCCAGAUUGGCGGUGAAUUCAGCAACAAUCCUGACGAAGCUCCAGAGCACAUCAGCAAAGACCUGUACAAAUCUGCCUUCUUUUAUUUUGAGGGAACAUUUUACAAUGAUAAAAGAUACCCAGAAUGCAGAGAUUUGAGCAGAACUAUCAUUGAGUGGUCCGAGUCUCAUGAUAGAGGCUAUGGAAAGUUUCAGACAGCUAGAAUGGAAGAUUUUACCUUCAAUGACCUCAACAUUAAGCUGGGGUUUCCUUACUUAUACUGUCACCAGGGAGACUGUGAACAUGUUGUCGUCAUUACAGACAUAAGGCUUGCGCAUCAUGACGACUGCCUCGACAGGACGCUUUACCCUCUUCUCACCAAGAAACACUGGCUGUGGACCAGAAAGUGUUUUGUCUGUAAAAUGUAUACGGCUAGAUGGGUGACGAACAGUGACAGUUUUGCACCAGAGGACCCCUGUUUCUUUUGUGAUGUUUGCUUCCGAAUGCUCCAUUAUGAUUCAGAAGGCAACAAGCUAGGGGAAUUCCUUGCUUAUCCUUACGUUGAUCCUGGAACAUUUAAUUAAAAAGAUCCAAUGAUCCAUAAGUAUUUUAAAUUUUACAGUAUUUAUUCCAGUUUAUUUUUACUUUCUUUUUACUCAUUUUGAGUUAACUUACUGAAUUAUGGAAAUGAAAUAUAGAAGUCAUUUUAUAUAUUGAUUCUGAUACUGUAUAUCCUAAGUGAUUUUGCUGAUGACAGAACUCAAUUUAAUGACUCAUCACGUGGUGCUGAAAGUUUGGAAAAAAUGGUUGAAGAAUGAGAGUGACACCCUUCUACCAUGGCGCGUCCAAGGUUAUUUUUCAAAUUCAACUGAAUUUCGUAUUUCUCUGGAUGGCUAAGAACAGACAUUUAUUUACCAUAUAAAUAAAAACUCAUGAAGCCUGUAAGACUAAAAAUGGUACAUAUUCAGUUAAGUUGACUGGCAUGGAAAUCACAAGGACCUGUUUCCGGUACUGUGUAUCAAUCUAGUUAUCUACUGUAGACUCCUUCAGAGAUAUUUCGGUUUCUCUCUCUUCACUGGAUGGCCUAAAGAGG